UUUCGAGCCGGUAAGUGAAAGAAGGAGAGGUUGGACUCGUCGUACCGACCGAUAUUUGCGACGGUGGGAUCGCUUUAGCGGGACGGAAAGCCCCCAAGAGGGGAUUUGAAGAGGAAGAAGACGGUGGAUUAGUAAACACGCGAAUUGGAGCAAAUAGAAUCGUGCAGGAUGCCGUUUAUGAUAGGCAAGGAACCCAUUCGGCGUACGGUAAAGUAUCUGAUGGCCGGCAAAUUGUACCUGAAGGAUAAGAUUCAAAUACUGUCCAUCAAUUACAACACAUUCGGCAAGCAUCACCGGGGCAUAAGAGAAUUCGUAUUUUGGCAUCUAUCACAACUGCAGUACAAGAAUCCAGAUGUGCAGAUAGUUACUUUUAAGAACAUAACCCCGUCGCCAUUCAUAAAAUGCUACUAUGAGGAUGGUAAGACAAUGCUAAUAGAUGUAGACAGCAAAUCUAAGGACGAGAUACUUGAGCAUCUUAUAAAAGUAGUGGGAAAACCAAAGAACAUAUUGAUUCAGGAAGCCUUGGCUUUAGCAAAAAAAGAUAAUCCAGCGAAUUUCGGCGUAGGUUGCCCCAGGAGUUGUAUAUGUCACAUCCUAGGACAAGUGCCGUGUCCUGGCGUAGUGCCCCUACCAGAUCACAUGCGUGGGAAGAUCAUAAGGGAAAGAUUGAAUAAAGACUAGACAAGUUGAAAUUAUUAAAAA